CUUUGCAUCACUUACUUCCUCCCACUUAGAAGAAUAUUAAAAGCGAGCGCACAUGGCAGCUAAUGACUAUCGUGUUUACCUGCGGAACUCUACCGACAUGGAGAGUGGUCAGGCGCGCUUCCACCCAGCCCAGGGUGCAGAACCAACGUGUAGACCCCUUGUUUUUGGAACGCUCGUUGUUAUGGGAUUGCUUCAAAUCGUAUCGAGUGUAGCAAUCUUGCUACACUUAACAGGUUAUCUACACGAGGUAGACUUCUCCUCAGUGCAGCAGAGACCUGCAGAGGAAGCGGAGACUGGGCCCGUGCUGGCCGACGCGCUCAAAGACCACAGGAAAAGGGAUCGGUCCAGAUGCCCCAAAAGCCAGAAGGACCUCAUACCAGCUGCCCAUUUGCCCAUCAAAGCUCCCAUCGAUUACGUCCAGAAAGGAGAGGUGGAGGCCCGAAUGAUCCAGUGGAAUGAAGCCCAAGGUCAGCUGUACAAGAUCAGGUACCACGACGGGCGCAUCCUGGUGCAGGAGGGGGGCCUGUACUUCGUGUACGCCCAGACCUGCUUCCGCCUGUACGAGCCGGAGGCGGAGGGGGUGCCCGAGGUCAACGCGCAGCUCAUCCAGUACGUGUACCACGAGAAGUACACGCAGACCACCAAGCCCAUGGUGCUGAUGAAGACGGGCAGCACCAAGCGCUGGCGCAGCCCCGACUACCACAUGUACUGCGCCCAGCAGGGCCGGCUCUUCCGCCUGAGGGAGGGCGACGGCCUCCACGUCAACGUCUCCAACUCCUGGCUGCUGGACCCCGACUCGGAGGGCAGCUACUUCGGGGUCUUCAAGACCAGCAACUGAAACGUACCCCCCCCCCC